AUGGGCGCGGAUCACAGUCCGGCAGUGGGAGGCCCAUACAGCCAGCUGACCCCGAGCACUCUCCCCAAUGCCGAUCUAGCUGCACAAGCUUGCCACCAGGCACCGCAGCUGGAACUGGUUGUUGCAGGCGUCAGCAACCGGGUGCAGAAAUUGGAACGAUCUAGAGGUCAGAUCUCCAAGGACCUAGCUGACAUGCUGGCCGAGACCAAGCAUUUGCAGCAGUUGGCCGGUUGCGAGGAGAAUACCAAGGCACAGCAGCUGACUGUCGGCAGGGCCUAUGACACGGAGUCGAUUCAGGACACAAUCGCCUCGCUCGGCCCGGGCAGAAGGGGCAGCCGCUGCAAGACGGUGCCUGCAGAUCAGCUUCCGCAGGUUCCAGAAGGAAGGGAUGAAGGACAACCCGUCCUUCAGAAGUCUUAUACGGAGCGACUCCUUGCUCCACCGGGAUUGUCUCUGCCGGUCUCUGAAAACUUGUUAGUCAAGCAGAAGGAAAUCAACGGCGUCUCAGCCUCCCGAGUGGAAUGGCGAAUCGAUAGUAUCAAGGCCAAGUUCAAAGAUUGCUUAGUGAGGCCACUCGUCUCGCCGCAAUUUGAGGCCGGUGGGCUUCCGGAACUGCGACUUCUAGUCUUUCCUAACCUUGGUGACCUGGACGGGCUGACAAUGCGAGAGCAGAAGUCAAGAUACGAGGUUCGCUUUGCAGAGGGACCUUUGAGUGGUGCGAUCAAGUUCAAGGUCGUCACAGACACCGGAGACAGAUUGGACAUCAAGUUCAAUUUGUUCAUUGGCGACGUCAUUCAGGCCUUUGAAUUCUGUGACAAUCAAGACCCAGGCCUACGGUCCCAUGUGCUCACAGAGCGAGCGCGUGGAGAGUGCACCACCGGCAGCCCAGCUCAGAUCCAAGAGAUUCGCGUGGAGCAGACCUCGGAGUGCAGCGAUGUGAUUGGCUGGGCGGACUCUGAGGGCUACACAUGCGCAGAGUAUGCCAACCAGAGCUGGUGCACAUCAGAUGGCAACAAGGGCCCUGGAUGGGACAGUGGAUGGUUCGACAUUGAAGAUUUGUGGAACGAUGGCUAUUCGGCACAGGCUGCCUGCUGUUCUUGCGGAGGUGGCCAAGUAGAGCAUGUAAGUGGCAUGUGGGAGGUGAUGAGAGGGCCAUGCACCGUCCAAGAUGGCUGCCUGUUGAGCCCGAACUACCCUGCCGAUUACAGCGUGAAUCAGAGCUGUACCUUCAUCGUGAACAGCACGAUUGCAAAACCCAUCAUGGUUCUGGACUGGGACGUUGAAUACUGGAACGACUAUGUUAGCAUCAAUGGCAAACUCUUCAGCGGCAAUCUGAGACCAGACGGCGAAGUUCCUAAUGGAUCUAUUCAUUGGGUGUCUGAUGAUAACAUCACCGGAAGAGGAUGGAAACUUUGCCCAAACCUCACCAGAGCUGCCGAAGUCAGCAACAUAUCAUCCUGGUCUUCAGCAGCGGCAUCAUCAUCUCUGGAGCCCAACCUGACCUCAUUCUCCACGAGCAGUUCAAGCAUUACAACUUCCUCGAUAUUUGAUGCGGGCUCCACAACCCCACAGCCACAGUGGACCACCACCACGGCGCACUGCCGAGAUGUUGUGGACUGGACAGACUCAACUGCCUUUACCUGCAGCGACUAUGCCAACAACCAGUGGUGUAGUCCCGCAGGGCAAGGCCAGACUUCCUGGGAUAAUGCAUGGGGUAGCCUGGACGACUACUGGAACAAUGGCUACACCGCAGAAAGCGCUUGCUGCGCCUGCGGAGGUGGCCAAGCUGCGUCGAUCUCCGGACCUUGGAUGAUUCUGUCGGGACCAUGCAUCAUGCAGGAUGGCUGCAUCCAAAGUCCUGGCUAUCCGUCCAAUUACAGCGAUAACGAGCACUGCACUAUCGAAGUCAACACAACCCUGGCACGACCUGUUCGAGUUGUCGACUUCCAGACCGAAUACAAGUACGACUUGCUGACAGUGAAUGGCCAACAGUUCAGUGGGCGGAGGCAACCUGCCGGGAUCGUGCCUCAUACCUCGAUGUCUUGGGAAUCAGAUGGAGAUACCACCAUGAGAGGCUGGAAGCUUUGUAUGGGAGACUUUCCUUCAGGACCUGAGAUGUUUUCAGUGGACGGCCCAUGCCCACUCGAUUCGCAGGGCUGCGUUACCAGCCCGAACUUUCCAGAGAAGUAUGGCCCUAUGGAGGACUGCAUCAUUCAGGUCUUCAACCCAGAGAACAAGAGCAUUGUUGUGGACCAGUUCUCGACGGAGAUGCACUUCGAUGCUUUGUGGGUAAAUGGCAGGGUAUAUACCGGGAAGCUCAGUCCACAUGGUCUGGUUCCAAGAGAACCAAUCCAGUGGAUUACUGACGAGGACACAGCGGAUACUGGCUGGAGGAUUUGCCCUGGUCCCAUCGGGCAGCAGGUGGCAGAUGUCGGCGGGUUCGACGCAGGCAGCGAUCAAGAUAACGAGUACGCCUACGGCGGCUAUGGCUUCGAUGGAGCUGCCGACGGAGACCGAGAUGGCGAUGCAGAGGAAAGGGACGGUGACGAGCUCUCGCAGAGCCAAGCCCCGGCUUUUCAAGGCGCAGAGGACGCGAACUCCGCCAGCUCGUUUGGCAGUUUCGGCGUCAAAGUCCUCGUUGCGGUGGUCACUGCUGGCUUGGCAGUAGUGCUUUGCAUACGGUACAAGCGAGGAAAUGAAAAACGUGGCGAUGGCCGUGGCAUGAGCUACGGAAGUACUCCGUGGAGACCAAGCAGAUUAGAAGUGAGGGCCCUAUAG